ACAUUUGACGUAGUGUUGGUUCUAUCGAAACGAAGCUACGUAUAAUUACUAGUUGGAGUUACGUCGCCAAAGAGGGCAGGGUUGGUAUAACCAAGGCAGUUGUUUAGUUCCGUGACGCAUACAACAAUUGCUUGCUAAAGUCCGUUUUAAGCGUAACUAUCGUCGGGUAACUGUACAUUUAAAAGCUAAUGAAGCCUCCGACAUUUUUGCAAGCGUAAAUUGCGCAUAUUUUGCCUUACAGUGCGAAACGUAAACAAUCUGGUGUCAAAAGUUAAAGCUAACGUGACAAAUACAGAGGAUAGUACAGUGACUCGCCAACAUGAGAGGGGGUUCGUCCUAUGGAGACAGAGACAGGGACCGUGGACGAGACAGGCCACGGUUUGGGACCAUGAGUGGUCGUGGUGGACCCCCCCCAAUGAAGUUUGGGAAUCCAGGUGAGCGUCUCCGCAAGAAAAGGUGGAACCUGGACGAGCUGCCAAAAUUUGAGAAGAACUUCUAUGCCGAACACCCUGAGGUCCAACGCAUCAGUCAGUAUGAAUUGGAAGAGUAUCGCAGGAAGAAGGAGAUCACCAUCAGAGGCUCUGGCUGUCCAAAACCUGUCACCGCUUUUCACCAGGCGCAGUUUCCUCAGUAUGUGAUGGAUGUGCUGAUGCAGCAGAACUUUAAGGAACCCACAGCGAUUCAGUCUCAGGGUUUCCCUGUGGCCCUGAGCGGCAAGGACAUGGUGGGGAUCGCACAGACUGGCUCUGGAAAGACACUGGCUUAUCUGCUUCCUGCUAUUGUGCACAUCAACCAUCAGCCCUAUCUGGAGAGGGGAGAUGGUCCCAUUUGUCUGGUGCUGGCCCCGACCAGAGAGCUGGCUCAGCAGGUUCAACAGGUUGCAUAUGAGUAUGGCAAGUCUUCUCGUAUCAAAAGCACCUGUGUCUAUGGUGGAGCACCCAAAGGACCACAGAUUCGAGAUCUUGAAAGGGGUGUUGAGAUCUGCAUCGCCACACCUGGUCGUCUUAUUGACUUCUUGGAGGUGGGAAAGACGAACCUGCGUCGCUGCACCUACCUCGUGCUGGAUGAGGCUGACCGCAUGCUGGACAUGGGCUUUGAGCCACAAAUUCGCAAGAUAGUUGAACAAAUCAGGCCUGACAGACAGACUCUGAUGUGGAGUGCAACCUGGCCAAAGGAGGUUCGGCAGCUUGCUGAGGACUUCCUGAGGGAGUAUGUCCAGAUUAAUGUUGGUGCUCUGGAGCUCAGUGCCAACCACAACAUCUUGCAAAUAGUCGACGUCUGCAUGGAGACUGAAAAGGACAACAAACUUAUUCAGCUGAUGGAGGAAAUUAUGGCUGAAAAGGAAAACAAAACCAUCAUCUUUGUGGAGACCAAGAAGCGUUGUGAUGAUCUAACCAGGAGAAUGAGGCGGGACGGGUGGCCAGCCAUGUGUAUCCAUGGAGACAAGAGCCAGCCAGAAAGAGACUGGGUGCUCACAGAAUUUCGGAGUGGCAAAGCUCCUAUCCUGAUUGCUACUGAUGUCGCCUCUCGUGGUCUGGACGUGGAAGAUGUCAAGUUCGUCAUCAACUAUGACUAUCCCAACUCCUCUGAAGAUUACGUCCACCGUAUCGGGCGUACGGCCCGUAGUACCAACAAAGGCACUGCCUACACCUUCUUCACCCCAGGGAACCUGCGGCAGGCCCGAGACCUUGUCCGCGUGUUACAGGAGGCCCGGCAGGCCAUCAACCCAAAACUGCUUCAGCUUGUGGACUCGGGCCGUGGUGCAGGAGGAGGUGGCAGAAUGCGUUACCGUGGCAGCAACUCUAACAACCCUAACCUAAUGUACCAGGAAGAGUGUGAUCGCCGCAUGCGCUCUGGUGGAGGUGGUGGUGGCAGCAAAGACAACCGCAGCGGCUUCAGCCGUGACAGCCGCAACAGCCGCGAUGGAGACCGCUCCACUUCCUCCUCCUCUUCCUCAUACAGGGACAGAAGUCGGGAUCGAAGGAACAGUUACAACUCGGGCUCAGAUCAGUACCAGAGUUACAGUGGCAGCGGGGGCUACAACUCCCGCAGCGGUAGCCAGUCUGCUGGCGGUGGAGGUCAGGAUCAGUCUAGCCAGCCACAGGGUCAGUUUGGCCAGCUUCUUCCUCCUCCGCCACCAGGUGGGCCGCAGCCCCUCAUGGCGCAGCAGUUUGCUCCACCACAGGCCCCGCUAAUGGGCUUCAUGGGGCCACCACCGUACCCUUUUGCUUCGCCGCCCCCUCCUCCUCCAGGCCCUCCACCCCCCCGGAAGUAGAAUUAUGAGAAAGAAGCACUGAGUCAGUCUGUGCAACUUAGUGUGCUCACAGUGUAACUUUAUUUUUACUCUCCAACUCUUGUUUACUCCACGAUUGAGGGGUUUGACAAGGUUAUAUACCUAUGGAGGUAAGGGCUUAUAUUUUCUAUUUUGUACUUUUUUAUAAAACCCAACAUAGAAUUUAACAUUUUCCACCACCACACUGUGGACUUCACCAGGUUGUUGUCCAUCUCUAGCUCAAGCUGUGCCUUUCAUCAGAUGUAUUACAAUUUGUUUAGAAUGAAAACAAGCACAUACUCAGGCCUCAGUGGGUGUUUGAGGGUGCUGGUCUAUGGGCAAAAUAAUUUCUAAUAGAUACCAUCACAUUCCAGAGUCAUGUUUUUCUCUAGCUUCAAAAUCCUUGAAUGAGACUUUUUUUUUUUUUUUUUGACCAGCAAUAUAUUUGAAUUGUUGCAUUUUGGGUUUGUGUUAUUCUGAAUAUUUUUUUAAGAAUCCUCUGCAAUAGUUUGGAUUUUAUGCAACCAAUAUUAGUUUUUUUGGUGUAAUGAGCUGUCACACUAGGUUUGAAUACAUUUGUCAUGCAUGCCUUUACCUUUUCCUGUCUUGUAGCAUGUCAGAAUGGAGAUGUCCAUAUUUGCUUGUAACUGUUUAACUCAUAUUUUAUUAAGCAGAUCAGCUGAUGCAGGCUUGUUUUCAUGCACAUUGAUAACAAAAUUACAGUUUGUUUCUUGUUUCCUCUUUAACUCAUUGUGCUCUUUUUACAGUGUUUUCUUAAUAAACAAAUCAAAGCUUUA